AUGUCAUAUCACGACAGCUACGAAUUACCCAGAGAAGAUGAGCACAAUGUCAGCCCUGCAUGGUUUGAGCGACAGAAGCAGCGUCCUGUCGAGAGCCAUGACCCGAGCCUUCGCGACUGGCUUGCUACGGAGGUCGACGCAUUGAAAGCAUACCACGAUGGCCACAUUACUGCAGAUGAGGCGGCAUUGUCCAUGACACACCCACUGUCCACCUCGCCUGUACCAGCAUUAGGAGGCUAUUCUGAUCAUCUCCUGGCUGUUGAUAACCUAUGGGGAGUUAUCAUAGACGCUCUCAUGGAAUGGCCAUCCACACGUGUCCCGGAGAUCUUUACGCUACUGAAUGCGAUCGCGAAGGCGCCGGGUAAGAUCCACAAAGGCGAGGCUCUUAACCAUGUGGGAGAACAGCUCAUAUGGGCAAAAUUCCCGUACUUUGGCAUGUCCUGGAACGAGAGCACUGGCGCAGACAUCCAGCCAGGCCAAAUUUGCCGGCAGUAUUCCGACGCAACCUUGCUUGCAUUGGCACGGAAAUCUUAUCUAAAGGGAAAAGAUAUCGAAGCCCAGUUGGUUGCGAAGCACGUGUUGAAGAUGAAUGAGGCUAUGAUUAAACUCAUCAUCCGAGCGCUCGAGAAAGAAAUCGACCAGAGCGACGAGCAGCUUGCCACAGAUGAAGCUGCUGCCUACGAUCAAAUCAAGCUGGACUUUCACAUUCCCGCCGUCUCAUUUAUGCUCAAGUACAAUGGGCGCGAAAUCUACGACAAAGUUGUGACGAAGGGAUUAGGGGAUUGGUCAAGGGGUCAAAUGCCAGACGAAGCAAGGGAAUUCCAGAAUGGAGCUGAGCGAUGGUCGUUUUGGAGGAGACGUUUGGAGGAGUUGUCUCAAGGAGAUUUCGAUGACGAGGUAAAGGCCGCUGCACAGGCAAGCUUGGAGUACAUGUCAUCGGUCGUUUAG